AUGCCGUUGACUUGCUCAGAUUGUCCAAAGUUGUGUUGCUCUUUAAUUAUUCCGCCGAUCGGUGUUUGGAUUGAAAAGGGCUGUUCAGUUCAUUUGCUCGCCAACAUAAUACUUACAAUUUGUGGCUACUUUCCUGGCUUAAUUCACGCGAUAAUUAUUAUUUGUUAUUACUAAAAAUGAAAAGAGAAAUUCAAAAAACAAUUAAAAAAUUUUUAAACAAAUUGCUUAUUUCACAGCCCUUGGUUUUUAAGGACAAUUCCUUCCAUUUAAAAUAUUUUUAUAAUUUUGGAUGCUUAUAUGUAUUGUUUGAUAUCA